GGAGCAGCAUUUAUUGGUACACACAGAGCUAACCAACCGCCAACCCAAACAGGCUGGGCUAUCCCCUAAUAAUCUAACUCAGUUGCCAUAGCAACACAAGAUUCUAUCACCAUGACAACCAAAUACACAACACUUUUAUUGUUUUUAAUAUGGUUUAUCUGUAUUGCAUUUAGCUUAAGAAUAAAUGUGCCUGCUUAGAAAGAGCUGCCUGGUAACAUAACUGUGGCAAUUACACUGUUUACCAUCUCUGAAGAGGAAGCAAACAGGCCUGCUUAGGCAAUCUGUCCUAUGGGGGUGGGACGAGCUUUGCAGCCGAUCUGACACUUGCUACCUUCACUUUCGAUAUUAAUCAGAUCAAGGUCUCUGCUCAGUAUAUAAGGAGGAGCCGUGUGUGUGUGUGUCUGUGUAUCUGUGUGUCGAGAUCACAACUGAAGACUGGCCCAUCUGUUCUACUUCAAUAAAGCUGAGAAGAACGGAAGUGUUUUGGGACUAACGGACAAUUCAUACCAUCUCUGACGCUAUCCUACAGACUGGGCAACCAGGGGGUUCUCCAUAAAUGACUCUCUACAGGCACAGGGAAUGACUGAGGGAGAUUGUGAAAAUGAAAGCUGAGCAGUGCACUGGAGCUGCCAUGGCUGGGUUAGAUGCUAACGAGCUUCCCAAGAUACCUGAAGAGGAUAUGAAAGCACUGAAGGCUGCUGUUGGGAAAGGAAACCUCAAUGAAGCAGCUGCUAAUGCGAAAGAGGCUCUGGAGAUGGCUGAUAAAAUCACUGUCAACAUCGCUGUCACGGGGAAGACAGGCUCUGGAAAAUCGUCCUUUGUCAAUGCCAUCCGGGGCCUGGAGGAUACAGAUAAAGGUGCUUCUGAGACGGGGGUGAAUGAAACGACAAUGGAGCCCACUGCUUACCCACAUCCUACAUACCCAAAUGUAACCAUCUGGGAUCUGCCAGGGAUCGGGACCCCAAAGUUUGAACCAGACACGUACCUCAAACAGGUGCAGUUCAGCCGCUACGACUUUUUCAUCAUCAUCUCCUGCACCCGCUUCACAUCCCACGACAUUCAACUCACCCAGGAGAUCCAGAGACUGGGGAAGAAGUUUUACUUUGUGCGCUCCAAGGUGGAUCAGGAUUUGACAAAUGAAAACCGAUACUAUGACGCGGAGGGAAAACUGAAGCAGAGCAAUGCUUCUGUGAAAAGGCCACUUCAAUACAGUGAGAGUGCGAUCCUCGAGGGCAUCAGAGAGAACUGCAUCCAAUGGCUGAAAACAGGAGGGGGGGCCUCCCCACGGGUUUUUCUUGUAUCUAGAUUGGACUUAGGCAAGUACGAUUUUCCCAAAUUGCAGGAAACGCUAGUGGAUGAGCUCCCCAGUCACAAGAGACUCGCUCUUCUACGAUCUCUGUCCAAUACUUCUAAAGAAAUCUUGGAGAAGAAAAAACAACAGCUGCAAACACAGAUAUGGUUUAAAAGUGUGGUAUCAUGCGCAGUUGCUGCUAUUCCUCUCCCGGGUCUCUCCAUUGCUUGUGAUGCUACCAUGCUGGUGACGUCCCUGAAAGCGUACUGCAGGGACUUCGGUCUCAGUGAAAACGCUCUCGCUGCACUUGCUAGACAGAAUAACAAGCCCAUUGCAGAGCUGAAGGCCGUUAUAAAGUCCCCUCUGUGUGAGGAAAUAACAAAAGAUCUUGUAAUUAAAAUACUAACCAAGUGCGCAGCUGGGGCAGUGCAAUAUGCUACAUUGUUUUUAAAAUUUAUACCCGUGGCAGGUGCUGUGGUAGGUUCUGUGGUAGCUGCAGCAUUUUCUCUCCCUACCACAUACUUAAUGUUGAAGAGUUUCCUGGAUGAUGUUGCUGCUGAUGCUGUACGAGUUCUGGAGGUGGUUAUGGACGAAGCCAUUUCAAACUUGGAGAAAAAGGACAAAAACACCCGCACCCCUUGAAAGGAAGAAACAUCAGCACGUGGCUGGAGCUCGGAGCUCAAAGUCUCAUAAAAUUGCUGCCUUUCUGCAUCAGGUGGGAAACUUCACCAGAACUGAGCUCUGAGCCCCAUUUCCACUGAGGUCUCUCACCCACCAUGACAUAUUGAAUUUAAUUCAGCCAUAAAAUGGACAGGGGGGAUCCUGACUGACCCUGUUCUUUGCUUUGUCUUCAUUUCCCCAGCAAAAGAGGCCAAGUUGUUAUAAAGCUCCACAGGGUCCCGAGUGCCUCACGCUCUCUGCAGGGACCUCAGGGAAUGGUUAUUUCAGGCCCCAGCAGAGAGCAGGGCCAUGGCAGAGCCCAUCGAACUCUUCACUGGGAAAUGACAGGGAGCGACACCAACGAUGACUUGUUCUAGCCACAGAUUUUCCAUUUCUUGGUUCCCGUUCCCCUGAAAUUGCAGCCUGGGUUGGGCAUGUGGGCAAAUUCACUCAGACACAAUCGUAAAAACCCUAAA